AUGCAUUUAAAAACACUCUUCAAAUCAUUAAUUACUCCAAGUAAGUAAAUUACUUUGAGAAUAUCUAACGUAUAGCCAGUUAUCAACAGUAUUAAAUUCGAUUAAACAAAUCAUAGUAUACAUAACUCAAUCUCACAUGAAGUAUAGGACAGAUCUCAAAUAAUUGAGAAUUUUGCUGAGAAGUUGUUAGCAAAAAAAUAUAAAUAGAUAGCUUUCUUGACAGGAGCAGGAAUUAGUGUAAGUGCUGGAAUUCCAGAUUUUAGAUCUCCUGAAACUGGGCUUUACGCCUAAAUAAAAAAAGAAUAUGACAUAAGUGAUCCUUAAAAAAUAUUUUCAAUUAGAUAUUAUCAAGAUAAUCCUUUGCCUUUUAUGCAAGUUAUUAGAGAUUUCUUUUCAAGAGAAUAUCACCCAACUUAUGCUCAUAAGUUAAUCCAUUAAAUCUACAAAAGAAAACAACUAUUAAUAAAUAUAACCUAAAAUAUUGAUGGCUUAGAGUUAAAAACAGGGAUUAAUCCCUCAAAAGUAGUCUAAGCACAUGGACAUAUGAGAAAGGCUCAUUGUGUGAAUUGCAAUCAUAUUGUCAAUAUUGAAACUUACUUACAAAACUGCAAACAGUUAAAAAAAACCUAAUGCCCCAUUUGCAAUAAUUUAGUGAAGCCAAAAAUUGUUUUCUUUGGAGAGUUUCUUCCUAAUGAGUUUUAUUAGUCUAGAGAUAUUUUGCCAAAUUCAGAUUGUGUGGUUGUUAUGGGAACAUCUUUAGGUGUCUUUCCAUUUGCUAAUUUAAUAAACGAAGUAGGUACUUCUGUUCCAAUAUAUAUAAUAAACAAUAAACUUCCUAAAAAUAUAAGUCAUCUUAAAAAUCAAAUUGAAUUUAUAUAAGGAGAUAUCAAUGAAAUUUCUAAAUAAAUUAUUGAUUACAUAAAUUGA